AUGUUGGUAACGAGUGUCCAAGAUGGAGAGUCAGCAGAGCAAGGGGCAAUUGGUUAUGCUUCUGCACCUCCACAGAUUAAUUCAGCAACUCAGGAAGUCUACAUUUCUUUCAGGACCAAUACUACCUGCCAAACCAAUCCUAAGUUGACUUAUGACUCCCUCAUAGUAUUUCAUUGUGUCAAGGGUGUAGACUUGGGAAGACCAAAGAUGAUGAGAAAAUCAGAAUGUAGCUUUGUGUUUGAAUGGGCAACUCCACUAGUCUGUCUGGAUUCAGUGAUUACAUCUGGCUGUUCGCUAUCUGAUCAACAGUUACAUCACACUUUCAAUCUGUCUGUUUUAACAGGAAGGAGAAACCAGGUCAGUUUUGAAGGAAGGACAUAUUACCUUAAUAUAUGUGCAGCAGUAACAGGUGUACCUGACUGUAAAAACAGUGCUGUCUGCUUGGUUUCUGGCAAUGAAACAGCAUCAUUUGGCAAUCCAAAAGCAAUGACCCUGGAAUACAAACACCAGGAUCGAGCCUUGAUCCUGCAUUACAGGAGUAGUGACUUGUGCCCAAAAGUAACUGAAAGAGGAGAGUUUUGCAGAUUCCCUUUUAAGUUUUUAGGGAACUCCUACAGUGAGUGUACAACUGAUGGGAGAACAGAUGGAUUUCUGUGGUGUGCAACAACCGAUGACUAUGACAGGGACAAAGCAUGGGGCUUCUGUAGUAGUGCAACGGCAACUCGGAGAUCCACAAUCAUCUUCAGAUGUGAUGAAAUGGCUGAAAAUGGAAGCCCUAAAGUGCUGAGUGAGAUCCUUGGUUGCUCAACAACGUUUGAAUGGAAGACAAGCGUAGUUUGUCCACCCAAAAAGAUGGAAUGCAAGAUAAUUCACAGGCAUAAGACCUAUGAUUUGAGAAUGCUUUCUUCCCUUACCGGAUCAUGGAAGUUUACAUCUAAUGGUGAUACGUAA